AAAGCAAGCCGACGAUCCCUGCAGGAUGAAUUGGAUCUGCAGAUUGGGGAAGCCUAGGGGCGCCUGUGCAAGACUGAAGCCGAGGAGCCGUUACACCUGUGCAAGACUGAAGGGGAGGAGCUGUUACACCUGUGCAAGACUGAAGGGGAGGAGCCGGUACACCUGUGCAAGACUGAAGGGGAGGAGCCGGUACACAUGUGCAAGACUGAAGGGGAGGAGCCGGUAUACCUGUGCAAGACUGAAGGGGAGGAGCCGGUACACCUGUGCAAGACUGAAGGGGAGAAGCAGGUACACCUGUGCAAGACUGAAGGGGAGGAGCCGGUACACGUGUGCAAGACUGAAGGGGAGGAGCCGGUACACCUGUGCAAGACUGAAG